AUGUCUAUUCUGUGCAUUCUCAGUCUGGUCGUUGCCGCUUACGCCCAGCUGCAGAAUGCGAGCACUGCUGAUGUGACGACGGACUCGCUGUCGAAAAAGCUUCAACACAUCAACUAUGGAGCGUUCACACAAACCGCUACAUACUCCGUGGCCAAUCAACUCGGAUUCUUCCAAGCCUAUGGUCUCAAUGUCACCUAUUUGCAAGUCCCGAAUUCGACAUAUGGGUACAACCAAUUGCUCACGGGUGGUUACGAUAUCAUGACAGGGACUGUCGACAAUGCAGUCAACCUACGCUUUAAUCAGCAGCUGCCACUUACAGUCACGGGUCAGCUCGACGGCGGACCGGAGUUGACUAUUGCAUCCAUCCCUUCCAUCACUUCUAUCAGUCAACUCAAAGGCAAAGCUUUGAUGGUGGAUUCUCCCGUGAGCGGAUACGCGUACAUACUUCAAAAAGUCCUUGCAUUGUACGGGCUUUAUCUUGCCAACGGCGACUAUACCUUUCAGGUUGUUGGAUCAACCGUGAUCCGCUAUGCUGAUCUUGUCAAUGGAACUCUCCCCGACGGCACUCCUGUCUAUGCUACAAUCCUCACGUACCCCUUCACUAGCGAAGGAAGUGUCCUUCCUACCACACAGCGGCCCAAUAUUCUCGCUUCAGUCGUCGAUUUCAUUCAACCAUUCACUUCUUCCGCCUUUACCAUCCGGGAGGAUGCUCUCAACAACUCCACGCAGCGUGCUCUUGCAAGGAAGUUUACGUCGGCGAUGUAUGCAGCAAACAAGUACCUGGCAAAUCCUUCACACAAAACAUGCUCAGUCAACUCGAUCGCGAAGCAGCUCAAUGUCUCGACAGCGGCAGCCACUUCGGCGUACAAAUCUGCGACUGACACAUUGACGGGUGAGACAUCGUCUCCAGGAGGAAACUUCACCGUAAACCGUCAAGGGAUACUAAAUGUGAUUGACGUCCGGAGUCAGUUUGGUGGAUUCUCGACCGUGCCCGCCGGCUUCAGCUAUGCAGACGCAAUAAUUCCAGGGACGGGCCAGCUUAUCGACUACUCUCUUCUGGAUGAGGCGCUGAGCUCCCUGGUUUCCUACACGCCCCCCAGUAGAUGCUGA